ACCGCAGCGCCACCCGGCGGAGUCAACGCGAACUGCAGCCUGCAGCUUGCCACGCGGAAGGCGGGGGGGUGUGAGGAAGUCUCCGUCGCCAGGGCCACGGUGACUACCCCCGUGGGUCACCGGGCACGUUGCGGUGCCACCCACCGGGCUAGCUGCGGUGCCGCUACAUCCACCACCACCGCCGCCGCAGCAGCGCACCCGCUCCCCCUCCACCACGCCUCGCCUGGACGGACUGCCGGAUCCGCGACGCGCUAAUCGGCGGGCGCGGCAGGCUUCGCUGGGUGUGCUAGGCCGCAGCCACCGGUGCAUUGCCGCGGGCCGUCACGCCGACCGUGGAGCUCUUCCUCGCCGUUGUGCCAACCGCCCGCCGCUGAACGCCGGGCCCUGCGCCAACCCACCGGGUGGGGCGAACGGAGCGGCGUGCCGAGCGGCGAGCCGAGCGGCGAGCGUCAUGUGGCCGGGCCGGCUGCUGCGGGCGCUGGGCGUCCUGGGCUGCGCCGUGCAGUAUGGCUGCGUGGCGCACUGCACUCUGGAGUACGUGGGGGAGCUGGUGGUGUCGCAGCAUGAUAGAUCAGACAAGCGACCGUCAUCGGGCACCCUGUCAGCAGUUCUCCUCCUGCAUCUGUCCCGCCUGACGAAGUGCAGCGGACCGUCCAUGCAGCCCAGCCUCUACACCAACGACGUGGUGUUGGCGGAGCACUUCAGCCGUCACCUGGGUCGCAUCAGGCGGGGCGACGUGGUGAUCGCGAGGAACCCCGCCAACCCCCGCACCUUCAUCUGCAAGAGGGUCGUGGCCCUGCCGGGGGACGCACUGAACAAGCGGCUGCCCCACCACUCCAGCCGAUACGUUCCGCUGGGCCACGUGUGGCUAGAGGGCGACAAUGCGGCCAACUCGACCGACUCGCGGUCCUACGGCCCCGUGCCCUACGCGCUCAUCCGAGGCCGCGUCUGCCUCAAGGUGUGGCCUCCCUCGCAGUUUGGGCCGAUCCCCGCUGGUCCAAAGAGGGGCUCCUCCUCCACUUUGUGACGACGGCGGUGGUGGUGACGACGGCGGUGGUGAUGACGGCGGGAGACCGGCGGGGUGGUGAUGAUGGCGGUGGU